AUGGUGCUGUUACCUGAUUUUAUAUGCAAGGAAGCACAAACUACGGUGCCCGAAGCUCCUGUUCAGAAAACUGGAUACUUGGACAUUAAACAGCAUUCAGCAGUUCGUCCGAGAAAACUUAAGACAUGGAGACGCCGAUGGAUAGUACUGACUAAAAUGAGCGACAUGUCCAGUGAUAAGUACCUUGCAAAACUUGACCUGUACGACAACGAAACAAAAUGGCAGAGCAACUCCGCAGACAAGGUGACAUUCGUGCUGGAAAACGUGACAGAAGUUCAGCAAACGAAAUCCUCCACUCAUCAAUAUGCCUUUGAGGUGGUGGAGAAGCAGCAGCCAGUGUUGGUUAUGAGUGGCUCCAGUCUCGGAGAGACCUACAGCUGGAUUCUGACCCUGCAGCAGAUCUUUAUGCCAGAGCGGAUUCUGGCCUCAAAAGGUGACUACACAGUGACAGUACUAGAGGAGAAGUUCACUAGAAAGUACGGUUUAUCAGGGGAUCUCACACUGUCCGUCUCUCCGACCUACAUCAGCCUGACAGACCUGGACGGUAGGACCUUGGUCAGCUGGCCACUCAAGACUCUGAAACGGUUUCAAGUGGAGAAGAGCCCAUUCACUGGACAGAAGUCUGUUUUGGUCAUUGAGAGUGGACCAAACUCACCAACUGGACAGAGUUGUUUCCGCUUUCACUCAGACGACUCGCGCAAAAUUAUGUCCGCUAUUAAACAGUCGGUGUGCCUGGCCGCGGGACUACAAGAGCAGACAGCAGAUAUUGACCCUCCAAAAUCACGCCAGCGGAUGAAAGGUCAAAGAAGAAUUGGCACCUUUCUUGACAACCACCCAGAUUUGCCUUUGCUUGUACGGGAUCGGGUAGAUUCUGAAAGUUCUUGUUUAACAAUCAGUCAAAAGUCUCUAUUGGUCAAACAUGACCAACCAGUUUAUCCCGUUGCCUAUACAACGAGUAAUUUACACGCAGAAAGAAUAUCACUCACCAAAACUGAGGAGAACGGGCACGUCCACGAUGCGUCUUAUAAAUACAAACCUGGGUGUGAGUGUGAAGGAUUCACAACGCACAAAGACAGUGUGCUGAGCAAGGCAGACAAGCCUUCCGAAAGCAUUAAAAGCUGCAGUGGAAUUAACAGCACGAUGACGGAACAAUAUUCCAUAUCAGAUGAUCAUUCUAUGACUUCAGAAUCACCAGCUAUUAACGUUCGGAGACUGCGCUCAAUAUCCACAGUUGUUGCAGCAAUACAAGCUGGAUCCGAUUUGGAACCUUUGAGAUUGGAGCAUCCUGACCACAAUGCAAGAACAGAUACAGACUCAGCUAUAGCGUCAAUGAUAUCCACAUCAAAUGACGAUCUUCUUUGGAUGGACUUGCAGCACUGGCGGAAUUUUGAUACAAAACAAUCA